ACGCCACCGUUUUAACUCCGACCGCACCAACCUGGCCGUCGCCAGAUCCCGCAGCCCGAGCAGCAGGCCAGCCGCACCCGACGCGCGACCGCCUCCACGUCUAGGGUUUCUCCUCUCCUCCUCCUCCCCCCGCACGCGAAGCAGCGCGUUGAUGGCGACGGCAGGGGCGCCGGCAGCGGACGCGAAGGCGGAGGCGGCCAAGAUGGACCUCCUCGAGGAUGACGACGAGUUCGAGGAAUUCGAGAUCGACCAAGAAUGGGAUGAAAAGGAACAUGGCAAUGAAACCGUCCAGCAGUGGGAGGACGACUGGGAUGAUGAUGACGUUAACGAUGAUUUCUCGCUGCAGCUGAGGAAAGAGCUGGAAGGCAACGCCCAGAAGAGCUGAAUUGUUUGCCUAGUAAUGUUAAGCUGUAGUGCCUUGUAUGCCCGUUGCUUCUGUCUCUUUCUGAACCGUGAUGCCUCUGGGAACAACCUAGCUCGCGAAACAGUGCUACCAGAAAGUUUGUGGCCGUACUGCAAUGCAGUUUCCGUUUAAUCGGUAAAUUCGAUAUGAAAGUGAUACCAGAAAGUUUAUUGUCA